AUGGCUAGCAUCAUUAUUCUUGUGGGUAAUAGCUGGUGGCAAAACAGACCCUUGCCUCCUUGGGCUCAUUCCAUAUUGAGGUCCUUGGGGAGGAGUCUUAGUCCUUUAAGGGUCAACAUGACAGAAAGAAACAUGAAUUUGUUUUCCAGCAAGGUGGUACCAGCCCAAGGGGAAGAAACCUUUGAAAACCAGCUAAUCCAAGUAAAUGGGGUCCUGCCAGAUUGGAAUAUGCCUGAGGAGGAGAAGCUCAAGCGCCUGAUGAAAACCCUUAGGGGCCCUGCCAGGGAGGUCAUGCAUUUGCUUCAGGCAGCCAACCCCAAUCUAUUAUAAGUGGCAGAUUUCUUGCACGCAAUGAAUUUGGUGUUUGGGGAGCCUGAAAACAGUGUCACUGCCCAUGGUAAAUUUUUUAACACCCUGCAGGCACAAGGGGAGAAAGCCCUUUAUAUGAUCCAUUUAGAGGUGCAGCUCCAGACCGCUAUUCAGGCAGAGAUCAUAGGUGGGAAAGAUGCAAACCAGACUCACCUGCCCCAGCUCCUUUUAGGAGCUGAUAUGAAUGGGGACCUGCACUACAGGCUGAAGCAUCUUCUCAGGAUAUAUGCAAAUGAUCAGGAGCAUCUUCCCAACUUCCUGGAGUUAAUCAAGAUGAUAAGGGAAGAGGAAGAUUGGAAUGACAAUUUUAUGAAACAGAAGCAGACCAAGAGAUCUGAGCUAAUCAUGGAGAAGGCCCCAAACCCUGUGGCAUUUCAGGGCCCCCAGUCAAUCAUGAUCAGCAGUGCUGACUGCGAUGUGAUAGAACUAGAUGAUAUCCUCAGUGACUCAGAUGAGGAUGUGAUCUUGGUGGACCCUCCACUUCCAUCUAUGGGUCCACCUCAGGAUCAGACUCUGGUCAUUGAUUCCCCCAACAGUUCCCAGAUUCAGUCUCCUUCCACCAGUGGUAGUUCUGGGUAUAAGAAUGAUGGUCCUGGGGAUAUGCGUAGAGCAAGGAAGCAAAAAUACACAACCCAUUGUUCAUAUUGUGAAGAGGGCCACUCCAAGGAAACCUGUGACAAUGAGAGCAACAAGGCCCAAGUAUUUGAGAACUUGAUUAUCACCCUGCAUGAGCUGAUACCUACAGAAGAGGAGGAGGAGUCAAAAGAGGUACCCAGUGAAAACAAUGACCUCUCUGAGCUACAGUAAGGUGAUAGACCCAGCCCUUAGUGAAUCCUUAGAUAUAUUAAAAAUACUGGUGAUGAUAAAAAUGGGGGUAGGUUUCUGCAUGA